GUUCUUCCAACUGUGGUUCUGCUCGUCUUCGCCUUCAUCUUGCACAUGAAGAGAGGCGCUUUGAAUUUCGCAUCACCUUGAUCUAACACUUUGCCUCACCCCACCUCAAUUCCCCCCCGAUCGUUUCGCUCAAGACUUGAGGCGACCUCAUACUUCGUGAUGGCCUCCAAAUUGCAGCUCAACAGGGGCUUCGCUCUUAUCACCGGCGCGGCAGCUGGCAUCGGCAAAGACGCAGCCUUUGCAUUUGCCGAGGCCGGUGUCCAGGGUGUUGCCUUCGCUGACGUGAACGAACAAGGUGCCCAGGAGGCAGCGGAAGAGAGCCGCAAAUAUGCCACGAAUGCCGAGUACAAGACCCUUGUUAUCAAAGUUGACAUGUCCGACGAAGUUGGCGUCCAGGAGAUGGUUGAUCGUGCCGCCAAAGAGUUCGGCCGGAUCGAUUAUGCUGUAAACAGCGCUGGGCUGGGUAACGUGUCAGGUGCCCUGACGCCGAACCUGAAGCUUGAGGCCUUCAAUAAGACCAUCGACGUCAACGUCAAGGGCGCUGUAUACUUUGCACGCGCAGUCACAGCCACCAUGGCUGCCCAGGAUGAGCUCACCCACACAAGCAGCAGUCGUUACGGCAAUACAACCCGCACGCUUGGCAGGGGAUCUCUGGUGUUCCUUGGCUCAGUCAACUCAUACAUUACAUCUCCUGGGAUGCUGAACUAUACUACGUCGAAGCACGCCAUUGUCGGCAUCACAAAGUCUGUCGCAAUGGACUGUCUCAAAUCCAAGAUCCGUGUCAAUGCGGUGUGUCCAUCGUGGGUGGACACGCCGAUGAACCAUGCCACAAUCCAGCGUGUGCCGCAGAUGGAGCAGUUGAUCAAGAUGAUAUCACCCCUGGGGCGCGUGGCGUCCACUGAGGAGGUGGUGGACUACAUCAUUUUCCUUUGUAGCCCCAGCGCUACCUACAUUAAUGGCACCGGUCUCACCGUUGAUGCCGGCAUUACACUGGGUAUUCAAGUCCCGGGCUACAACAAAUAGCAACGAGAGCGUAGGGCUUUUGCACUCUAGUGUCGGGUUUCUGUCUUGCCGGAACCAGCCAUGCCGGUGUAUUUCCUCUUUGUGAACUACAAAGAGGCGUUGAUC